CUCAUUUUAACAACCAAAACCUUACUGGAGGCCGACCAUAACCCUAGACCUGGUGUAUCCAGAGUUGGAAGUCAGAAGGAAGGUCCAUUAAAGCAUAUCGAUGUGGAGUUAGUGGAAGUCUUAUCAAAGCAUAAUACACGCAGUGAUCGCAGUCGUUUCUUUGUGAACACAGCUAGCGCAGGCAGUGGGGCCCUGUCAGUUACUGUGGAUGGACCGAGCAAAGUUCAGUUGAAUUGCACAGAACGAAUGGAUGGCUAUGAGUUUAGCUACACGCCUUACGCUCCUGGCAACUACAAUAUCAGCAUCACAUAUGAUGGCCAUCCAAUCACUCAUUCGCCCUUCAGGGCCUACGUUACUGGAGACGCAGUCUUUGGCUACACAGAGGACACUGCUCAAUUGAUUGUCAACACCAACGGUCGCAUGGUCACUGGCCCUCAAAGGUCAAUGGGCUACUCACAGGCUGAUGCG